AUGCGAUGCGGCAUUCUGUUGUGUGCUGCUCCUGGCAGCAACAGCAGGAGGGUUACCACCAGAGCCGGCACAGGCACUGCGGCUAGCCUUGCCGGCAUGGUGGCGGCGAGAUCAUCAGGGGCCGCCGACGGCAUCAGCCCCGUGCACGGCGCGUACGGACUGGCCAUCGAGGAGGAGGUCGAGGACCUACUCUCCAGCCACAUGAAGUUCAUGCAGGGGAGGUCUAGCCCUUCGAACGGGUCGGGUUCGUCACAGCGGUCGGGGUUGGGGGGGAAAUCGGUCUCCUACCGGGGGGGAGCCUCGUCAAAACCGAUGGACGCGAGGCAGGGGGAGAUGCCGAUUGCGUUGGUGGCCAUCGUGACCUUCGAUUUGAGGCAAGGGCCGUGCCUGGUGUGUGUGGAUCCGCCCAUAGAGGACGAGCAGGGACAACCGACGCUCCCGCUUUCGACCGCUGACAUCCACGUCCUUAGAUCAGACAUGCCCUUCAAGGCCCUCCCGGAAAAUGGCCUGGCAGCAGCCGAGCUCUCUCAGGGGCCGAGCCGCACCGCUCCGUCCGAAAACGAAGGAGGGAUUUGGGCAUGGGCCAAAGGCUGGGUCAUGCCUAGCGGAGAAGGGGGGGGGGCACACGGGAGGGACAGCGGGAGGGGCGGCGACGCGAGGGGAGGGGGGGUGGGGGGGUCCCAGCAGCACCACGGGCACUGCCUCUUCAUGCUGAGGGUGUCCGGCGAGAACCUGUUCGGAAUGAGCCACUUCCUUCGUGUUGAGGACCCCGACUCUCCUCGAGGGUACACGCAGGGAGCCGCGGUGUGCCUGUCUCGCCUCCCGUUCUUCGGUCUGGUCCUGCAGAGGUUGCACGCUUUCAGCAUGGACGUCAUUGACAGGAGCGGGUGUGCCGGGCAGCUGGCAGCAUUGGCGGCUGACCUGAGGGAGACACGCUUCGAGGACCUCGGGCACAGCUCCGUCUAUCAGGAUUUGCCGGUGCCUACGGUCCUCCUCAAGCUCAGGAGCAAGCUGCUGGCGGUCCUUCGGCUGCUUCUCCUCGAAGGAAGGGUGUUGUUCUGCGCCAAGAGCGCGGCCACCGUAUCGGAGGCCGUGAUGGCGGUAGCGUCGUUGCUGCCGGGAAGUCUACCCCUCGGGCUUGGUCGGUUGGACCCACCCGGCUUCGGGUUGAAGGCAUACCGGUGGCGAAAGCACGGGUUUCCGCUAAAGCUGUUCCGAAAGGAAGCGCCGUUGGAACCGCUGGUAGUGAUAGCGGGAGCGGCGGAUGUCUUGGCGAAGGAUGGCUUUUUCGCAGACCUGCUGCUCAAUGUCGACACAUGGGAGGCUAGGUGGGGUAAGACGGAGAGGGCCAAGGCGGCUCUGGACAUGGGGGAGCCAGAUAGAAGCUUCGCAAGGGAGCUAGUUCGAGCAACGAAGAGGCAUUUAGGGGGAGGGGUGGGGGGCGACGGUUCGAUGGAGGGCGUUGGGUGGCAGGGCUCCUCGGCUUGGAUAGCAGACCAGUUCCAGCUUCACUUCGAAGACCUGGUGACCACGGCUGCGGAGUGCUUGGCGCGAAAUGCCAGCCUCGAAGAAGCCCGUAGACGAGAGGAGGAAGAGGAGGAGCAGAGGCGAAAGGCUGCAUUGGAAGACGGCGGGAGGGGCUCGGCGAUGAAGAUGAUCGCUGGGGUGGUCACCCCCACCCUGGAUGGCAUCGGCCUCAACAAGGCAUGGCAGCAGACAGCUACCUGGCUCAACGGGUCAGGGCCCGUCCCGGUAGCGGCGGCUCUAGAAUCACACGGCCAACGGUGGUCGGAGCUGUGGACAGAGUCGGAGAACUUCGGCGUGUGGCAGUCAUCGCACCGCCUCGCGGGCGCCAAUGGAAACCCCUCGGAGGCGUUACCACCAUCAUCGUCGCUGCGCUCGGAGCCCGGCGAUGGCGGAAACAGCAACAGCAACAGCAACAGCGAUCCCAAUAAAGCUGCGCUCGGUCCGCCAACAACAGCGAAAUUUUCGAACAGCAGCGGCAGUGGCAGCACGCUGGCGAAUGCGCUGCUGUGCAGCAACGGGCUAGCGGGCGCGGGCGCCUUUUUCAUCGACGACGUUAGAAGCAGCAGCAGCAGUAGUGCCAAGAAGGCGGGUUCAGAAGGGGCCCCGCGGUCUGGCGUUAAGACGUACACGUACGAGAAUAGCGGGGACACCUAUACCGGUUCGUGGCAGAACGGGCGUCGGCACGGCGUGGGCGUGUACGAGGAACGGGCCACUGGGAACAGUUAUGAGGGGGACUGGGUCGAAGACGCUCGACACGGGCGAGGGGUGCUUACUUCCGGUGACAAGGAUUUCGUCUAUGACGGAGAAUGGGUGGAUGACAAGAGAACUGGAGUGGGCAACUCGGUCAUCAGGGGCACAGAGACGUACAGCGGUCGUUGGAAGGACGGGGAGUUUCACGGAGGAGGCGUUCACUGCGAUGCCAGAGGGAACGUCUACGACGGGGAGUUUGUCCAUGGCCAGCGAGAAGGCGUUGGUCGAUGGACAGCGAAGUCUGGCUUGGAGUAUGUCGGCGAGUGGCGUGCUGGACAGAUGUCGGGGGUGGGGCAGUCCACGGAAAAGGAUGGAACAGCAUACUCAGGAGAGUGGCACAACGGUCGAUAUUCUGGGGAAGGGACUCUCACGCUCCCGACCGGGGCCCGAUAUGAAGGAAUGUUCCGAGAAGGCGAGAAGCACGGAUCGGGGUCUCUACUUACUGCGGAAGGCGAUACUCUGGAAGGGGAGUGGGUCAAGUCCAGGCCUCAGGAAGGAGACACGGAGUGGAGAAUACGCUUCGCGAACGGGGAUCAUUUCGCCGGAACGGUCCUGGAAGGCGUUCCGCACGGCACCGGGACCUACAAGUACUCGAACGGGGACAUCUUCACCGGAGGCUGGGACAGAGGCCUCCGACACGGGCAGGGCAUCUGUGUCUUCGCAAACGGGGAGAAGUUCGAGGGGGAGUGGGUGCGAGAUCACAUCUCCUACCAGGGGAAAGGAGCGCUUACCCUCGCAGACGGGACAACCCACGACUUCGCUUAA